CGCAGCUGUUACUGCCGCUUGUCAGCGCCGGGCCAUGGACGCCCAGCAGGCCGAGGUCCGCGCCUUGGAGGCUGAGAUCGCGGCCCUGCGGCGGGCGUGCGAGGAGCCGCGGACGGCGGGGGAAGACAACUGGCGAGCUCAAAAAUCACUUCGAGAAAUGUAUCAAUCAGAUUCUGGGGGAUGGGCCUCUUCAAAAGAUUUGAGAAGUCAUCUUGGAAAUUUAGAAUCAGAACUUCUUUUUCUAAGCACACUUACUGGCAUCAGUAUAAGAAAUUACUCCAUGAAGACAGAGGUCCUAACAAAUACUGAGAAGACAGAGAAGAGUAUAACGAAAGUUCUACAGAGACACAGAUUAUCAGGAAAUUGCCAAAUGAUUACAUUUCAACUUGAAUUUCAGAUUCUGGAAAUCCAGGAUAAGGAGAGUUUAUCUUCUGUUAUUACUGACCUCAACAUAAUAAUGGAGCCCACCGAAUAUUCAGAAUUAAGUGAAUUUGUGUCUAGAGCAGAAGAAAGAAGAGAUCUGCUGAUGUUUUUCCGAAGCCUACACUUUUUUGUGGAGUGGUGUGAAUAUCGUAAGCGGACAUUUGAACAUUUCAAGGAGAAGUACCCAGAAGCCGUGCACCUCCCAGAGGGGGCCGCCUCCAGCUGCAUGGUGGUCCACAGCGCCCGCCAGCCCGGGUUCGAGCUGGUCAUCGUUUGGAGGGUGCAGAUAGAUGAAGAAGGGAAGGUUUUGCCAAAGCUGGACCUUCUCCCCAAAGCACCACAGCAAGCCCUGGAGCUGGACCGGAACCGAGUCCUGGAGACCGCGCCUCGCAGCUUCCGAGCCCUGCUGGGUGUGCUGGGCAUCGAAGCCGCUCUCGAGAGCCUGAUCAAGUCACUCUGCACGGCGGACUCCAGCUAGUUCCCGGCAAACACGCAGGUGCGUGACCGUCUUCCACAGAGAAACGACACCUUUAGGACACGUUGUCUGUGCAGUUUUAGCACAUUCUAGAUCAUCCAUCAGAACGUGGGAAAAUAGACAACAGCUACUGCAGUACAAAACGCCAGACCAGCAGCACGUACAGUGCCUGGGGCACCUGGCGGGGUCGGCUGGGGGAGCAUGCAACUCUUGACCUCAGGGUCCUGAGUUGAAGCCCCACACUGGGGGUACAGAAUACUAAGUAAUAAUAAACUUUCUCAAAAGUUAAGAUUAUUAUUUUUCCUAUAUUUCCCUAUUAUUAUUUUAAAAAUAAUAAUAGGAAUGUCCAUCCUUAGAUUUAGGGGAGCAGCUGGUCCUACCUCUCACCAAGUCUGAGGAUGGAAGCGCCCUGGAGGUCAGCCCCCCCUUGCCAUCCAAGGGCCCCCACUCCUUGACAUUCCUGAUGCCCAGGGUGAUGCACCUACCUUGCCACCCUGCCCUACAGAGUAGAACUCACUCUUCUUGGUCUUGACAUCAAAGUGCAGCAGUCAGCUUUAAAAACGCAGUGUCACAGACUUGCCAACCCCCGCACCCCGUCCCCCAGGAAGCACUGGCCUCAGCCGUCCCAUUUUAAAAGGUUAGAAUCGGUAGGGGCCGCACUGGAGUGUGAGGCGGAGACCACACAGGGCAGGACCUCGUCGGUCGCCACGUAGAUGCUGGUGGUUUCAGCCAGGACGGGCCUCAGAGGGGGCCCAACCCCCCUCCUUGCGAGGCCGGGGUGCUGUGCACACUCGCCCUCACACAGGCCAGCAACAAGGAGCUACCUCAGGCCAAAACAACAGAGAUGCUUCUGUCCACACAUGUCCCUGCAAGGGGUGUCUCCACAGCCCCCCAACUCCCACAGGUGAGACACGUGUCAUUUGAGUAUCUUU